CCUCAUCCCGACCUCAAUCAAUCCAAUUUUCAAUCAACAUAUUCUCAUGGUGUUAUCCACCGCGUUUUGAAUCAAUCAUAUUUUGUUGUAUUGUAGCAAUUUCUUUGUUCAUUUUGACUUUAUUUUUAUGCAUCUAACGGAGAUAAAUUUUGGCCGGAAAUUUCAUAAUUCGUGUGUCGUACUAGCAUGCACUAGACCGAGUUGAGAAUUGAGAAUUGAAAGUCACUGCGGAUAGAGGUGUUUUCGAUGAGCGAAUCUUGAAGAUGUCGAAUCAAGUGGUGAAGGUUAGGAGACAGACACUUGCAACUUGCAUGACAUGUUAUCUUUGCAACAAGCUCUUCAGAGAUGCUACUACUAUUUCUGAAUGUCUACAUACUUUUUGUAGGAAAUGCAUACGUAAGAAGCUAUCGGAAGAGGACUCUGAAUGUUGCCCAAUAUGCAAAAUUGACUUGGGUUGUGUCCCGAUGGAGAAGCUCAGGUCAGAUAAUAAUAUGCAUGUUGUCAGGGCGAAGAUAUUUCCUUAUAAGAGGAAAAAGGUAAAGGCAUAUGAUGUUAUGCAUUCUAUUACAUUCCCUCUGAAGCGAAAAGAGAGAUCAUUGUCAUCAUUAGUGGUUAGUGCACCUAAAGUAACCACACAGUCUGAUAUUACUCAAUCUGGGAUGACCGGAAGAAGAUCAAAAUCUAAUUGUAGAAAACCAUUACGACGAUCCACUCUUUAUAUUAAGAAAUUUAUCAACAAAGAGGAAGGUUCUGCUGAAGAUCGACUCGGGCACUCUAUAGUACCUGAUAUGACUCUGAACAAACUUAAACCGAAUGUGAGACAUAAUCUUACUAGUGUUGAGCCUUCUAGUUAUCCAACAACUCAUAAUGAUGUAGAAAAUGGCACUGAAGAGUGGAAAGAUGAUGUUGAUAUGUGGAGACCUUUAAACUGUUUGGUUGAAGUUGCAAAUAGGAGUAAAUCAUCAAGAUUUACGGCAAAGGGUUCUGCUCUCAAAUUAGAACCUUCACGUGUUUCUAACAUUGAUCGAUGUGUCUUUGAAAGUAAUACUAAAGAGAACGGACACAAGUUCAAUGUUCAAAAUGAAAUGGAAAACAAUGGUCUUACUCCGGAUUCUGAAAAACCUAAAAAAUUCAGAAGGCUUCGCAAGAAAACACCAGCUUUUGUGGACUCAUGUAGUUUUCCUAAUGUUGUGAUUGAUGAUGCAAGUGCUAAAUAUGAAAAGGAUUAUCCAAUUUGGUUCUCAUUAGUGGCAUCUAAAGAACAGGAAGGAGAUGCACCAUUGCCUCAGAUCUCUCCUACUUACUUAAGAAUAAAGGAUGGGAGCAUUCCAGUUUCUUUCAUCCAAAAGUACCUUGUGAGGAAAUUGCACCUUAUGCAUGAUGAUGAGGUAGAGAUUAGAUGCAUGGGACAAUUGGUUGCGCCAACAUUACAACUGAAUAAUUUAAUUGAUCAAUGGAUUCAGAUGAGUAGUAGUGGUUCAGACAAAUUGUCAGUGAAGAUUGGUACAUCAACAAAAGAUUUUGUGAUGGUGUUGGUUUACGGUCGCAGACUUCCAACUUCAUAAAGAAGACGUUAUUUUUUCCCGCCUUCUUCAAUCAAUGGUGUUCAAUAUGGUCAUAGAGUUCCAAUUUCUUGAAAUAUCGGUAUUUUCUUCACGAUAAUUUCAACACUCUCGUUUUUUUUUUCCUACAAAAGUACAUGGUGUAUAAUAUCUACACAAUAUCUAGUAUCUAGACAAUAUCUAGACUAAAGAGAUAUGAGCUAGGGAAAUGUGCACCAUGGGCAGAUACAUGAAAUAAUGGACUACGCCCAAUAUAAA